AAUAACCACAUUACCACGAAUUAUAUUCGCAAGAUAUGAUUUCUAGUCCAGUGUUGUAUCAAUUAGUCUUUAUUAGUUUUAACGCAGUGUCAGUAUACAUCGUUUUUUAGAGAAGUGAUUUUGAGUAUUAGUUCCAGUAAUAAAAGUGCGAGAGUAGCGUUUGCUUUUGAAGCCACGGAUCUGGUCAUGGUCCCGAGAAGGUAGAAUGAGUAAAUAAUAUUUUGAAAGUAAUUAUACUUUUUAAAUAUUGUACUUUUUAUUUCAUUAUUAUACUUUUUAUUAAAGACUAUAAGCCAACCCAGUGUUUAAAAUUUAAAAUGUGAGUUUCGGGAACUGAGUUCAGAACCUUCAGAAUGUGCAGCAAGGACCAGAUCAACCAUAUCCUGGGGAAAAUCAAUGUGGGCCUCCCGUCGUGGUCGCGUGGGCUGGAGGCGGCGGAGGCGGCGCGUGCGCGCCUCGUGCGCUGGGCGUGCGGGGACUCCACGGCGCCCGACCCCCCGGACCCACCCCGCAAGAAGAUGCCGCACGCGCUCCGGAGGCGGUGGCCGCUGUGCCCGUGUUUACAGAAUGACGAGCCUCCAGAGAUCACGUACUGCGUGGUGGGGGGCGAGGGCGGCACCCUGGCGCUGCAGGCCGUCACCCCCACACACCCCAUGCCGCCCCUCGAGGAGCUCGACGCAAAGUUCGCUGAGCUGGUGGAAGAGCUGGACUUGACAGCGGUGAACAAAGCCGCCAUGAUGGAGCUGCCAGCCGCAAAGAAAUGGCAGAUCUACUGCAGCAGACGACCUCCCCCCGGACAGACGCCGCCGCUGGGCACGGCCCCGGAGGUGGAGGACUACAUCAAGGCUCUGAACGAGAUUGCUGAUGCGUUCGCGUCAUCAGAGGGCAUAGCACCAGUGGAGGCGUGCGCGCUGGUGGACGGGCUGAAGACGGCACUGCGCACGCGCGCGCACAGCUUCGUGCUGCGCUUCGUGAAGCAGGGCGGGCUGGCCGCGCUGCUGGACGCGCUGCAGCGCGCGCCGCGCGACGACGCCGUCACCAGGCACAACCUCAUCGCUGCCAUCAAGGCCUUGAUGAACAACUCUACCGGACGAGCUCACGUUCUGGCUCAUCCCACCAGCAUCGAUCUCAUAGCUCAGUCGCUGGACACCGAGAACGUGAAGACCAAAGUGGCUGCUCUGGAGAUACUCGGAGCCGUCUGCUUGGUUCCUGGGGGACAUAAGAAGGUGCUAGAAGCUAUGAUCCACUUCCAAAAAUACGCGGGUGAACGUGCGCGUUUUCAAGGCGUGGUCAACGAACUGGACCGCAGUACGGGCGCGUACCGCGAUGACCUCGGCGUCAAGACGGCCGUCAUGUCCUUCGUCAAUGCUGUCCUCAACUACGGCCCAGGAGAAGAGAGCUUGGAGUUCAGACUGCAUCUCAGAUAUGAGCUGCUGAUGUUGGGGAUACAGCCAGUAAUAGAGAAGCUUCGCAAAUACGAGAACGAGACGUUGGAUCGUCACAUCGAGUUCUUCGAGAUGGUUCGCAACGAGGACGAGCGCGAGCUGGCGCGCCGCUUCGACAAGGAGCACGUGGACACCAAGAGCGCCGCAGCCAUGUUCGAGUUGCUGAGGAGGAAGCUCAGCCACACUGCGGCCUACCCGCAUCUCUUGUCACUAUUGGAACAUCUGCUUCUAUUGCCUUUGGAAUACAACCCUCAAUCCCAGCACUGGCUGCUGCUGGACCGCGUGGUGCAGCAGCUCGUGCUGCAGCAGCCCAGCGCCGGCUCCAGGGCUGCCAGCGAGCAGGGCACGCCGUCUGAACCCGCCAAGAUCUACGAUCCUGACGUAGCUCCGUUAGAAAUAAAUGUUGGCGAGAUCGUUCACCUUCUAGCGAAAGAAGAAGAACUGGUCGCAGCCAGAUCGAAAGCCGAAAACCUCGAACGAGAAAAUGUUGAUUUGGCGACGGAACUUGCUAAGAAGGAGAAGCAAGUGGACCAGCAGAGCCAAGAGCGCGAGGAGCUGGAGGGCGUGGUGUCGCGGCUGAAGGAGCGGCUGGAGCGCUCCACGGCCGCGCAUCUGCAGUGCGCCGAGCGCGAGCGCGCGCUCGUGCUACAGUUGAACCAGGAAAGAACCGAAAGGGCCAGGUUCGAGAAGCUGGUCAGUGAAGGCAGCAUUCCCGACGAUGCGAAGGUCAGCAACUUGAAGAGUGCUGUUAUCGAAAGCUGUAACGGUCCUCCUCCCCCCCCGCCCCCGGCGCCGGCUCCCCCGGCGCCUCCCCCCGCAGCACCCCUCGCACCGCCUCCCCCCGCACCAUUGGCCCCUCUCGCACCCGCCCCACCUAAACCUAAGAAGAAUGUGCCCAACCCUGGGAAUCCCCUGAAGAGUUUCAACUGGAGUAAGCUACCUGACGCGAAGUUACACGGAACUAUAUGGCAAGAGCUAGAUGAUACCAAACUGUACAAUGUGAUUGACCUGCACACGAUAGACAGGAUGUUCUGCGCAUAUCAGAAGAAUGGUGUACAGAAUGAAGGAUCAGUGGAAGAUCUUCGUCAACUGGGCCAGAAGCCUCGAAGCAAGAUACUGUCGGUGAUCGACGGCCGGCGCGCGCAGAACUGCACCAUCUUGCUUUCUAAGCUCAAGAUGACUGACGAAGAAAUAUGUCGAGCCAUUCUUCGCAUGGACAGUGGCGAACAACUGCCGAUAGACAUGGUGGAGCAACUGGCGAAGUUCACGCCCAGCGCCGAGGAGGCCGCCUUGCUGGAGGAGCACCAGGACGAGCUGGACAACAUGGCCCGGGCCGACCGCUUCCUGUACGAGAUCUCCAAGAUCCCUCACUACCAGCAGCGCGUGCGCACGCUGCUGUUCAAGAAGAAGUUCCCGGCGGCGGCCGGCGAAGCGCGCGCGCGCGCCGCGUGCGUGCUGCGCGCCGCGCGCGACCUCACGCGCUCGCGCCGCCUGCGCGCGCUGCUCGAGGUCGUGCUCGCGCUCGGCAACUACAUGAACAGAGGGCCCCGCGGCAAUGCUUCAGGCUUCCGACUGUCCUCUCUGAACAAAUUAGCGGACACGAAGUCCAGUGUCUCCAGAAACACUACCCUUCUACAUUUCCUUGUUGAGAUGUUAGAGUCACCUCAGUUCAAAGACAUCCUGCUCCUGGAAGAAGACCUGCCGCACGUGCGCGCGGCCGCCAAAGUGUGCGUGGAGCAGCUCGAGCGCGACGUGAGUGCGCUGCGCGCGGGGCUGCGGGAGGUGGCGCGCGAGCUCGAGUACCACGCGGCUGCGCCCGCGCCGCCGCACGACGCCUUCCUCGCCGUCAUGCGCGACUUCCACGCGCACGCCGUCUGCACCUUCACGCAGCUGGAGGACUUGUUCCAGGACAUGAAGAGCCGGCUGGAAGCGUGCGCACACGCGUUCGCGGAGGAGGCUCACGCGUCGCCGGAGCAGCUGUUCGGGGCCGUGGACGUGUUCCUGGCGCAGCUGGCGGAGGCGCGCGCGGACUGCGACGCGGCGCGGCGUCGGCGCGGCGAGGAGGAGCGCCGCACGCGCCACGAGCUGGAGCUGAAAAAGCGAACGAUGGAGCGGAAGCAGGCGUCCAGCUUGCUGAGCUCUGUGGGCAAGUCCCUCGGGAAGUCCAACGGCGACUGCAACGGACACGGCAACGGCGACUCCGUCACCAACGGACAGAAAGGAGAAUUCGACGACCUCAUCUCCGCUCUGCGCACGGGCGACGUCUUCGGCGACGACGUCGCGAAGUUCAAGCGAUCGAGGAAAGCGUCAAAGGCCAGUCAUAAAGGCAGAGAUUCUCCGCCGAAAGGCAUUUGCAGAGAAGAUUCCAGAGAACGCCAGAAGAAUUGAGCACAUACCGCUGAUGCCUACGAUUUUGUAGCUUGGAACUUUUGAAUGUUUUAAUGUAUUGGCUUUUGCCUAAGCAUAAUUUGGAUUCAGAUCGAACAGUCUAUUGUACCAGUAACUUUAGUCAAAAACAAAAUGUUGCUGUUACACGAAUGGCGCAUACUAUUAGUAUGAAACUGAUUCUAAACGUCCGAAAAAAUAUAAACCGAUAGAUUUAUUUUUUCUGGCCGCAAUCAUAAUGUAAGAUAAAAAUAUAUAUGUUACGUGAAGCAGAAUCGUGUAUGUCAAGUUGACUUUGUCUAACUAGAUGUGCUUUACAAAUGCAAACUUUGCUUUUGAAAGACCGUUCCAAUGUUAGCUUUACGAUUAGCGCCUAACGUAACAAACAAAAGUCAUCGUGAUCAGAUACGAUAUCUGAAGUUUGAAAUAUACGAUGCUAAUAAGAAUGACGUGAUAGACCAUGGAGUCACAAAUAUUGAGAUUAUAUAAGUAUAGUGCAGUUACGACUGCUCCUAGACGUGGAACAAUUUAGUUGACGUGACGGCGGUUCUCUAAGAACGCCAAUUUUACCAGUUAAUGUGGCUAGCGACUGUGUUGUCACAAUGGCCUCAACAAAGCUCAACUGAAAUGCUAAAAUUAAUAAGAUAUUAAAAUAAUAAUUUAAGCCUAAACAUUUUGGUGGCAGAUGUACCUAAGUCGGCUCAUUGUAUCAAAUCAGUUGCUAGGAUAGUAGAGAAUUUUACUUCUUAGAUAAAAUAAUGAUUAAACUAUCAUUGUAAAUUUCUUUUUGCAUUGAUUUUUUAUGUAUGCUUUUCAGGUUUUGAAUAUACAAUAAAAAAUAUACGUACCUUGCAACACAUUUACCACAGCAACGAAUAAAAAGGUCCAUGAAAUUAUUUCAUAAUUGGUCACAAAGUUGGUGCCUAAUUUUGUAGAUUUUUUUACGACUCGGCUUUUGCUGGAUACGACUGACGAAGUCAAAGACUGCGCGAACUCCAUAGAAGUUAAUUUAGAACGUUACUGAUAAGCGAUGUGUGAUUUGAUUAACCAUAGAUUAGGUUGUUUGAGUUACGAAUGUGCUUCUUAUUCUGGCGAUUGUGCAUUCUUGCCGGGUACUCGAAAGUGCUGUUUCUCAAAUCCGAAGUAGUUUUACAAACAAUCAAUUGUAAUUGUUUCACUUUUCUUACAUUUGUCAAUGUUUCUUUUGUUAGCAUAUUAUAUGAUGUAAAUAGAUGUAACAACCAACUCGGACCACAAUGGUUGGUUCUCAAGAGUGUUUCGACCGCUGUGGGUGCGCUGUCGUUACAAUAAUUUAAAUUUUCACAAAUACAAGGAUUCGUUUUUCUAUCAGACUUUACAAUAAUUGAUAUGUGCUGUGGUAAUGUCAAUUUUAUGAAUGAUUGAUUUUGGAAAUGAUUCUUUUCUCAAGAAAAUCGGGUCGUAGGUAAUAAACAGCGCGGCCUUAGCGGUCGAAACACUCUGAGAACCACCCAAUACACAACCGACCAAUUAAUUUGAUUCUACUUGCGGGGCCGCUUGAUUGAGAACCAAAAACUUAAAAAGUGGAAAUAAUUUAAAUACCGAGUAAUUGACAACAUUUACUUUAUUUAUAUUUGAGAACUGAGUAAGAGACCCCGGCGAGCCUGUACGGCCGCCGUGACACUUGCCCAAUGCAAAUCGGCCAUCUUGGCACAUUUUCAUUUCACAAAUCGUAUGAGUGUUUCUGAGUUCUAUUAUAGUAGGUGAGUUCUAUUAUAUAGGUUUAUUUCUUUGAGGUGCCAAUAAUUUUAUAUAAUUUUCUUAGUAAACAAUUAUAAAUAAAAAAUAGAUAAUUAACUAUAUUGUCGGCCGAAUUUUAAUGCAUCAUAUCCGCCAUACUUUUUCUCUUAUGAUUCAGUCUAAAAACAUUGGAUCAACGUACACUUUUUGAUGAUCUUUGUAAUAUUGCGAAUUGAACAUUUCCUAUCAUUAUUAUAUACUGAAUUCACAAUAUACUUAGGAAUUGAUGUAACAUACCGACAGGAUUUUGGAUUUUUAUAGCAAUGACGACUAUUCGUUGUAGUUAAACUUUUUGAUAAAUUUACACUGUAUCCGUAACAUUCGUAACAUACUUUAAUAAAAAUAAAUUAUUUCUUUUUUUUUUAUUUUGUUUAUAUAAUGUGAUUUAUGUAUAUGAAAAAUAAUCUUUAAUUUCAUUUGUAAAUAUAAUUUUAAUUUUGCCAAAUUUGUUACCGAAAUAAGAUCAGAACUAAUUUAUUGAAAUUACUUGAUAGGCGCAGCGAGAGCUCGCGCAGAAUGUAAAUUUUAUUGUUUUGUUCAGUAUUGCGUAAGUGUAUCAAAUAUUAAUAUAAAUAUACCUAUAGACUAUUUAAAUAAAUUGAAACUAUAAUUUA